AUGAAGAUUUCUAGGGAUGUUUCUGAUUCUAGUGGGAGUCCUACCAUAGUAGAGGAAAUUCUAACCAUUGAGAUUAAGCCAGGUUUGAGGAAAGGAACAAAAAUAACUUUUCCCGAAAAGGGAAAUGAACAUAAAGGACUUAUUCCCGCCGACCUUGUUUUUAUCAUCGACGAGAAGCCUCAUAGUGUCUUCAAGAGGGAUGGAAAUGAUCUUGUUGUCACUCAGAAGAUCACUCUCGUAGAGGCUCUGACAGGUUACACAGUGCAAAUAACAACCCUCGACGAUAGGAAUCUUACGGUCCCCAUCAACACCAUUACCAGUCCAUCAUGCAAAGAAGUUGUUAAAGAAGAGGUUAUGAUGAUUCCUAAAGAACCUUCCAAAAAGGGAAACUUGAGAAUCAAGUUCAACCUAAAGUUUCCGUCUAGGCUUACAUCAGAACAGAAGACCGGCAUCAAGCGACUAUUGACAUAA